AUGGACACCUGGAAUACAGAGAGCUCCUCGUUCCAACAGGAGUACGGACCAUUCUACGAACCGGACCAGGGACCGGUGUAUCAUCAACUGGAACCACCUAUGAUCUACCCCAUGACACCCGGACCGAACUCCCAAGAAGCUCGCAUCCACAGACUGUCGAAGGAGGAGGCAGUCAGGUCCAAGCUGGAGAAGAGAAGAGAGAGGAACAGGCAGGCUUCGGCCAGGUAUAGGGAGCGGAAGGAGCAACUCCUGGCAUACCUGGAAGCAGAGACGAGGAAGAUGGCCCAAGAAGUGGCGGAUCUGGAGGCGCGGCUGCAGAGAGGCAUGAAAGAGCUGGCGCAGCUGAAGGCUGAAGCCAAUGGAGGCUACGAGGUGGUCACGCACAACGGCAAUCAGUACAUCGGGCUCUAG